GAGGUUCACCGUUGUUGCUUCGUUUCCUGGUGAGCAGAAGUUUAGGAAUCUUAUCAGAUUCAAGUUGUGCGACCCUUUCAGAAGUGUCGGAUAGGCUAGCCGUAAUAUCGGUAACAGAUGACUUAACUCCCUCAAGUUCAUGCCUAAAACCGGACAGUUCCCUUAACACGUGAUCAAAUCUCUCAUUCAUAACUUUGUUGAUAGAAGAAAGCAUACCUUUCAUUUCUUGCUUGAAAACAUCGAACUGUACAGAGAGUGGUGGGUCCGAUCGCUGAAGCUCGGCGGAAGGGCUGGGUACCGCGGAAGCGGACCGUGGUGAGCCGUAGUUCGAAGCCUUGCCCGACACAUCAGAAUCAUCGGCCACACCCAGAUUCACCAAAUCUUCUUUUCCUGGCUUAUUUUGACGAGGGUUGUUUCGAAGCUUGUAGUCAUUUUUACCCUUCUUCGUCUGACUAUUCAUAAUUACUAGUUAGAUAGGUGCAGAGACUCAGGGGAGCUGAAAAAAUGCAAUUUUAGUAGAUUUUCUCGGAAAGCCGCCACAUAAAGCUGUUUAUCCAAAGAGCGCCAUCAAUGUUUUUUUUUUAGCAUGAUGGUAUGGCAUUGAUUAUGAUGAUAAAGUUAAUGGUAUGGUGAUAUAGAAUAACGGUGAUUUGAGACGAUACAGGGGCAGAGAAAGGUUUUGAACAUGUGAUGUGAUAUAAUAUGAGAUGAUUAUGCUGUGACAUAUUGAAAAAUUCUUUGCUCAAUGAUCUUAAUUGUUGAUCAUGAUUAUGAGAAUAAAUGAUGAACAUGACUAUGAUGAUGAUCAUGAUAGCAAUGAUGGUAUUGAUAAUGAUGAUAGUACAUAUGGCAUUGAUAAUGUUGAUGGUAUGGCAUGAUUAUUUUUGGUGAAGAUGUCUUUUUCCCCAUAGGAAAUACACACAAAAUGAGAAAAUUUGAUUAAGAUGCAGUUGUAUAAUGCAUUAUUAUGCAUCAAGGAAGGUGAUGAUGAUGAUGAUGAUGGUAACGAAGAUGAUGAUGAUGAUGAUGAUGAUGGUAAUGGUAAUGGUAAUGAAGAUGAUGAUGAUGAUGAUGAUGAUGGUAAUGGUAAUGAAGAUGAUGAUGAUGAUGAUGAUGAUGGUAAUGGUAAUGAAGAUGAUGAUGAUGAUGGUAAUGAAGAAGAUGAUGAUGAUGAUGAUGGUAAUGGUAAUGAAGAUGAUGAUGAUGGUAAUGGUAAUGAAGAUGAUGAUGAUGAUGAUGAUGAUGAUGAUGAUGGUAAUGGUAAUGAAGAUGAUGAUGAUGAUGAUGGUAAUGAAGAUGAUGAUGAUGAUGAUGAUGGUAAUGAAGAUGAUGAUGAUGAUGGUAAUGGUAAUGAAGAUGAUGAUGAUGGUAAUGGUAAUGAAGAUGAUGAUGAUGAUGAUGAUGGUAAUGAAGAUGAUGAUGAUGAUGGUAAUGGUAAUGAAGAUGAUGAUGAUGAUGAUGAUGGUAAUGAAGAUGAUGAUGGUGGUGGUGGUGGUGGUGAUGAUGAUGAAAUAAUCAUUAGCCAGUUAUACAUGUAGUUGAUGUGACAUUGAAUACUAGUUAGUAGUUUGUACAUGCAGAUCAACAAUUCUAUGAUCCCAAAUCAUCUCCCAGUUUACCGUUUUUUGUUUUAUCUUUCGAACACAUUCUCAUUCUUUAGGAUGUUGUGUGUUCUGUGACAGUUCUGAGCAAUCAGUUCAACGUUAUGGUAAAUUCCUUCACCAUGAAGAAAGUGGAAUCUGUGCUCAUUACUAUUGUAUGCUAUUUGCUUGUGGACUCAGUCAGCGUGGUGAAAGCCAUGAAGGGAUUGAGGGAUUCUUAAUCAAGGAUAUCUUAGCUGAGAGAAAAAGGGCACAAAAACUGAAAUGUAAGUACUGUAAGAAGAAAGGAGCUUCAGUAGGUUGCUCAGUGAAGGCAUGUCAUCAGAUCUAUCAUUAUGGAUGUGGUGUAGAUGAGGAAGCAAUCUACCUAUUCUAUGACAGUUUUGUAUCUUACUGCGCGAAGCAUCGUCCUGUUCAGAAGGUAUUACCUUCCUCUUGCUCACCAAGUAAAGGGACAUGUCCAAUAUGUAUGGAGCCUGUAGAGACCACACCAAGCAAUAGUGUACUCAAGACACCAUGCUGCAAAGGUACUUGGCUCCAUAGACAAUGUGUCCAGAUGCAAGCUUUGAGUGCUGGUUACUUCUUCCGAUGUGCCAUCUGUAACAAUGAGAAUGAGUUUCAAGACGAAAUGAAGAAAUUUGGUAUCUACCUACCAGAAAAGGAUGCUGAUUGGGAAUUUGGAAGUUCAGCAUACCAAGAACUCUAUGAGAGACACAACCAAUGUGAUGUCAGUAAAUGUAGAUGUCCAAAAGGCAGAAAGUAUUCUACACAAUCAGGUCAAUGGGAAAUUGUACUAUGUGAUCUAUGCGGUUCAGCUGGGUGUCAUGUGUCUUGUGGUGGAUUACUAAGUGCUUUAGAUGACUGGGCAUGUAAAGAUUGUACUUCAACUUUCACCAGAGGUUUUAUGGAGCAAAAUGCUGCCAAUGAAGGAUAUGAUACUUCAAAAUCAUCAUCUUCCCUUGGAACACAGCAGAAUAGAACCCCAGGUCAGAGUGGCACUCGAGCAAGAUCAGCCAUUAGGUCCCAAGGGAAGCGUCCACGUCCUCCCCCAACAACACCCAGACCUGUAAAGAAGAUGAAACAGAGCAGUACCCCAAUCAUUCCACCUUUAUCACCUGUGUCUACUCAACAAUCUUCUCUUUCAAGUUCUCCAAAAUCUACACCCUUUCAAACUAUGAAGUUUCCUAGAGUGUCAUUGUCACCAACAUAUGAGUGGGGAAAUUCUGGGCAUGGCAGUUCCCGAGAAUUAUCCGUUACCAAGUGCAGGGAACUGCUUCCACAGUUAGAUUGCUACGUGACCCUGGAACCCCCAUCUCAAAACAUAAAUCUUCCUAAUCUCAGCAUGCCAUCUCUAUCUCCAGCUGCCAGCUCAUCCAAGAAGAGCAAGAAUAGCAAGACUAGUAAUAAAUUGAAAUACAAGAAGGCCAGGAAAUUAGAUCUUAAUUCUUGUAGCCUUGCAGGUGAGACUGGAGCACAAGAAUCAUCAUUGUUGAGUGAAAAGGGUGAUAUCCUUCAAUCUGCUUCUGGAAAUAUGUCAACACAAACUAACGUUAAUCAUUAUACUAGCAACCAGUCAUCUGUGAAGUUGAGCUGGGGUAGCAGAAUCCUGGAUUCAGUUGGAUCUUUCCUGUGGAGGAGGAGGUCACCAUCUAAAGCAUCAGCUAGUUCAGGAGAAAGCCAGGAAACGCAAGCAUCCUUGAAUGACAGCAAUGGCUUUCAUAAUUCAACCCAAUCAGAGAAGCUGCUGGACUCAAAUGCUUUACUUGAAUCUUCCUCCUGCUUAGAUUCUCCAGAAUCCAGUUCUCCUGUACCUCUCUCAAAAGAGAUCAAGGAACAGAUAGUUCCUGUAGACACUGAAAACAUUCCAGUCAAAACUAAAAACAUGCUUCAUUCUCUAACGUCCUGGAAAGAUGAUACAACAUGGAAAGAAGCCAAACAGGAUCUUGUUCAGUUAUUUCAGGUUGACGGUAGGGCUACAAGAAGUGCUUUGAAGAACGUUGAAAAAACACCAUCUAAAUCUACAGGAGAGGAAAGAAAAGCCAGUGGUUUGAGCAGAGAAGACAAUGCUCAGCAAUUACCUCUUCCGAAUAAACAUUAUGAUACGAAGAACAACAAUGGUCAUGCCUCCUCUCUCCAAAAAUCUAUCUCUCCUUUACCGCUCUCUAAAGAGAUUAAGGAACAAAUAGUUCCUGUAGACACGGAAGGUAUUCCAGUCAAAACUAAAAACUUCCUUCAUUCUCUAACGUCCUGGAAAGAUGAUACAACAUGGAAAGAAGCCAAGCAGGAUCUUGUUCAGUUAUUUCAGGUUGACGGUAGGGCUACAAGAAGUGCUUUGAAGAAUGUUGGGAAAACACCUUCUAAAUCUACAGGAGAGGAAAGAAAAGCCAGUGCUUUGAGCACAGAAGACAAUGCUCAGAAAUUACCUCUUCCGAAUAAACAAUGUGAUACCAAGAACAACAAUGGUCAUGCCUCCUCUCUCCAAAAAUCUAACUCUCCUUUACCGCUCUCUAAAGAGAUUAAGGAACAAAUAGUUCCUGUAGACACGGAAGGUAUUCCAGUCAAAACUAAGAACUUGCUUCAUUCUUUAACGUCCUGGAAAGAUGACACAACAUGGAAAGAAGCCAAGCAGGAUCUUGUUCAGUUAUUUCAGGUUGAGGGUAGGGCUACAAGAAGUGCUUUGAAGAAUGUUGGGAAAACACCUUCUAAAACUAUAGGAGAGGAAAGAAAAGCUGGUGGUUUGAGCAGAGAGGAGAUUGCUCAGAAAUUACCACUUUCCGGUAAAUCAUGCAAUGCUGAGAGCACGUUGUCCAAUGAAGAUGAUGCAGAUGUUGAUCAAAUGAAAAUACCAAUUUCUCAUUCACAGGAAGUAGAAUCACAAAUAAAUCCAUCAAACUCUACACGACAAAAAAGAAAAAAAGGUGAAAGUUUGCUGAAUGAUCUGACAUCAUGGAAGGAUGAUUCAACCUGGAAAGAGGCUAAGCAAGAUCUUUCCUUACUCUCACAGGUUGAUGGUAGAGCAACAAGGAAUGGAUUGAAGAAAGAUGGGUCAACGCCAGCUAAGAGAAAAGAAAACGAGAUCAAUGCAAGCUGUCCUGAUAUCAAUCAUAAACCAAUUGUUUACCCCCAAAGGAUAUCUAAUAUUCAAAGCUUAGCAUCUCCCAAGGUUGACUCUCAUGGUAAUUCUGAACCUGCUAGGGCUGCUGUUAAUUUGUCAGAGGAGAGUGAAACCCCUGUUGUUGCAUUAUCUAUCGAAGGCCUACGGCAUGUGCAAAGCAAUUUGGUGAAAGAUUUGACAUCUUGGAAGAAUGACACAUCUUGGAAAGAAGCAAAGCGUGAUCUUGAUCAUCUAUUUCAGAUUGAUGGGAGAGCAACAAGGAGUGUUUUGAAAAAAGAUGGAAUAAAGUUGGCAGAUGAUACAGCACUAUGCUCUCCAUCGCCUAAAAAACAGAAACUUACCCUUCAUUCACCUUCUCCCCUACAUCAAUCAUGUCAUAGAUAUCGCACCCCGAAACGCGAUUCAUUUACUGGCAAAUGGAAAAAAUCAAAAGGAUCAACAAAUCCGAAGUAUAUGGUCAAGCAGAAAAUAUCAGCCAGUGAUGCUCCUGCUAAGAAUUCCCAUCCAAUUUCCUGCAACAAGCAGAGUAAUAAACCACAGGAACCAGACAAGCCAACAAAUUUGACAGUUUCAGCAGAGGGAUCCAAAGAGCUACAUGCUCUUACUUCAUGGAAGGAUGAUAUUACAUGGAAAGAAGCAAAAGGUGAUCUGGUCAGCCUUAUUCAAGUUGAUGGGAGGACAACAAGAAGUGUCAUAAACAAAGAUGCGAGGGCAAAAUCCACCCCAAUAACAAUCCUUGAUACCACAGGCAUUGAAAUGCCAUGUGAUUCUGGGCUGACUUCCUCAAAGAAGAGUAACAAAUUAGACCCAAAACAUGAUGAAGAUGGUGCAUGUGCAACAGGAAACAAGGAUUCUGGUGAAGCAGUAUUAGAUCAUGAAGCAGAAUCAUCUGUUGCAUCCAUUAAUGAAAUCAAAGAAACAGGUGAAAUGAAUGUGAAUCGUAGAGGAUCAUCCAGUGUAAAGAGGCAUAAGAGAAAUUCCUUGGGAAUUCUGACUGCUUGGAAGGAUGAUCAAACCUGGAAGGAAUUCAGAGAUGAUAUGUCCAAGUUGCUUGAGGAAGAUGCCAGAAUGACACGUAACAAAGCACAGAAACAUGGUCUCAAGGGUAUCAGUUUCUCUCCAAAUAAAGUUGGAAAGCAGACCAUAUCCCCUUGCAUAAUCAAGGAUCGAAUGCCAUCUACCAAGCUCAUUUCAGCAGAGACAGUUCUCGAUCGAUGCUCACCAAAACAUACAAGGCCAUCAAUUGAAAAUUCUUCUAAAAGGUCAGGGAGGCAAAACCAGGCAUUGAGUGGUUUAAUGGCAGGAUCUAGAAAUGGAAAUUCACAAAUGGAGAAGCCAACUUGCAAUGAUAUUUCACCUCAUUCCUCCAAAAAGAUGGAAAUCAGUGUAACAGGAAUUGACAUUGCAUGUAAUAUUGGUACAGAGGAAGCUUGUCAAAAGGGAAAGUCAAGGAAAAGCUUACUCAAAAUCUUUGCUAUAGAUAAUGAUGUAAUGUCUGAGAGCAGUAGAGGCAAGAGUGAGCAUGGUGAUAGGGAAUUUCCUGAUAAAACUGCCAGUGGUGUACAUAGAAAUGAGAAAGAUGCCCAGCUUGAUGUAUCAUUGUUAACAGAGGAAGAACUAGAGGAUGAUACUAAAGUUAAUGAAAGCCCUGGUAAAAUCCACAAGAGGUCUAAUAUUGUUUUAAACACUGGCAAAACUUCUACCAAGUCAGCUGACAGUAAGAGUAACUUAAGUUUGCAAGAUGUAGGGAGACAUGUGCAGCUGAUUGAUCGAUCAUCACAAACAACUGCUAGUAUAAAUGAAACUGAAGCCUAUCUUGCUUCCAUGGGCCAGCAUUACAGAGAACCAGGUAAUCUGUCUUCUACACUCAUCCAAGAUGGAAAACUAAGGAGUAGAUAUACGCAGACAUACAAUGUGAUGUGUGUAACUCCCAACAUAGAGCCUGCUCCCAGCAGUGAAGGCGAGUUAUUCAAUAGAGAACUUGCAAAAUUGCCUGAAAUGAGUGAUGGAAAAAUCAUGCCACAGAAAAACAAUCGGCAGUUAAAAAAUCAGAGAGAAUUUCCUCAAUUGACACGGGAAAAGGAAAAGGGAAUUAAAAAGAAAGAAAAAUCUGAUAGAGGACAGACAGACUACAUAACCACUCCACAAAAUUCAGCAGCGGCUGAAGGUGUAAUGGAUUCAGGUGAUAACCAGACUGCAUUCACAAGUUCAGAAGCAGAGUCUCAAACAGGAAAGAUGUGCAGAAGUUUGUUGAAAGAGGAACUAAAAAAAUCAGUUCAAUCUUCAAAAUAUAGAAGAACUAAAACUGAACUCUUGAAAUUGUGGACAGGAGAUGAUGUGUGGAAAGAAGCAAAAGAUGAUGUCCAGAUUCUCUUAAAUUCUGAAGAAAGAAUGAGUAGAAGCACCAGAAAGGAACCAAAGCCUACCCACUCAUCGCAAAGUCCAACAUUGGCCCAAGGAAAGACAGAUAUUGGCUCUUCAAUGGAUACCAUGGGGCUAAAUCUAUCAAAAGAUUUACGCAAGAAGAAGUACUGCUGUUCACACAUGCGGAGUCCCUGGAAAACUACAUCAAACAAUGCCAUUACCCAUGAAACAUUAAUCGAACCUGAUGAAUGUCAGGAACCCUCACCUGUGUUUGGGAAAAAGUCACAUCCUGCCAUCAACAGAAAAUCAGAUGGUGAAAAAGCACAUUCAAUCUCCAGAAGUGAUUCUAAACAGCGAAAGAGUACACAAGAUAUUGAUUUUCAAAUCUCUCCUGAAAGCAUGAACAAGGUGUGGAAGCCUAGAGUUUGCUCAAGUGUUAAAAGAAGUAAAGAAGAUGGGAAAGUUGACAGCCCAUUAUCAUGUUCAAAGGAAUCCACUACUUUGAGACUGCAUCUUAUUGCAACAAGUAAGGCAAAUAAUCAAAGUCAGGAACAUACAGCUAAAAAUAUUGGAAGACCUAGAAAGGAAGCUGAGUCUUCUGAGAUUAAGGAAAAUAUGGGAAGGCAGAGAAAACAAGUUGCGGAUGUCGCAGAUUCUGAUAUAAAAGAAAGUCCUAGCAAACAACCAAGUGAUACUUCUGAGAUUAAGAAAAAGAUAGGAAGGCCUAGAAAGGAAGCUGAGUCAGAAAAGAUGCAAAGGUCUUCUGAGAUUAAGGAAAAUAUGGGAAGGCAGAGAAAACAAGUUGCGGAUGUCGCAGAUUCUGAUAUAAAAGAAAGUCCUAGCAAACAACCAAGUGAUACUUCUGAGAUUAAGAAAAAGAUAGGAAGGCCUAGAAAGGAAGCUGAGUCAGAAAAGAUGCAAAGGUCUACUGAGAUUAAGGAACAUAUGGGAAGGCAUAGAAAACAAGUUGUGGAUGUCGCAGAUUCUGAUAUAAAAGAAAGUCCUAGCAAACAACCAAGUGAUACUUCUGAGAUUAAGAAAAAGAUGGGAAGGCCUAGAAAGGAAGCUGAGUCAGAAAAGAUGCAAAGGUCUACUGAGAUUAAGGAACAUAUGGGAAGGCAUAGAAAACAAGUUGUGGAUGUCGCAGAUUCUGAUGUAAAAGAAAGUCCUAGCAAACAACCAAGUGAUACUUCUGAGAUUAAGAAAAAGAUGGGAAGGCCUAGAAAGGAAGCUGAGUCAGAAAAGAUGCAAAGGUCUUCUGAGAUUAAGGAACAUAUGGGAAGGCAGAGAAAACAAGUUGCGGAUGUCGCAGAUUCUGAUAUAAAAGAAAGUCCUAGCAAACAACCAAGUGAUACUUCUGAGAUUAAGAAAAAGAUGGGAAGGCCUAGAAAGGAAGCUGAGUCAGAAAAGAUGCAAAGGUCUUCUGAGAUUAAGGAACAUAUGGGAAGGCAGAGAAAACAAGUUGCGGAUGUCGCAGAUUCUGAUAUAAAAGAAAGUCCUAGCAAACAACCAAGUGAUACUUCUGAGAUUAAGAAAAAGAUGGGAAGGCCUAGAAAGGAAGCUGAGUCAGAAAAGAUGCAAAGGUCUUCUGAGAUUAAGGAACAUAUGGGAAGGCAGAGAAAACAAGUUGCGGAUGUCGCAGAUUCUGAUAUGAAAGAAAGUCAUAGCAAACAACCAAGUGAUACUUCUGAGAUUAAGAAAAAGAUGGGAUGGCCUAGAAAACAAAUUAUGGAAAUUGCUUAUUCAGGAAAGAGAGAAAGCCCACACAAGAAACUUGUUAAUGCAUUUGACAAAUCUUCAAAGACACCAAAGAAGAGAAAGAUGCCUGGUGAGGAAGAAUUAUUGGAGAAUGUAGUUGACAGAAGUAUUAAGAAAGCUAAGAGGAGGUUUGAAUCAGAUACAACACAGUCAACUUUUGCCAAAGCAGAUGACUUAGAAUGCAGUGUAGUGGCUCUCCAGAAAGAUGUACCAGUUAGAGAGGAAACUAGUACCUCAUCUACUCAGACAUAUGCAACGGUCAAGGAAGUGGAGGACUAUGUUACUUCAAAAGGAAAAGUCUAUUUGGAACCAUGUUUUGUAAUACCCAGACCAAGCCUUAUAAAAAUAAAAGCAACUUGUGAUAUGAGAACCCAGACUUACAACUUGGAAUUAUCACCCUCCUUGGAAGAUGAAGUCAAGCCUGUGUACCCACCCAUUGAGCAUGAUAAAGGGGACGCCAAAAGACCUUCAAGAACACCACAGAAAAUGGUGGAGAAGAGAUGUGUUAGUAAAUCACCUUCGAUUCUUGAGAAGUUGAAUCCUCACGAACUUUCACCCAUCCUUUCAGCGGUUCCAUCUAGCACAGGUGAUUUCCCUUGUGCAGUAAGAGCUCAUUGUUUAUGUCAAACAGAUGUACCAGUGGAAGAAGUUGAGGCUCAUAUUCAGGCAAUGGGAGAAUGGUACAGGGAACCAAGUAUCAUUGUGACAGGAUCACAGGAUGGAAGAACAGAACCAAAGAACAGCGUCAGAACACAGACAUAUAAUAUGAGCCUUCCAGAAAGAGAACUUCCAUCAUUCAAAAAGAAAUGGUCAAAAAGAGUACAAAAUCAAAUGAAAUCUACACAGACGCUGGCCACACUGGAGGAAGUUGAAGCAUACGUUGAAGCAAAUAGACACAUCUACACAGACCGAAAUUAUUCUUCAACACUGAGCUACUUUGUGAGUGGCUCAUCCCUUACUAGACACAUGCCAACACAAACCUUUUCUUUUGUUUUGGAUAAGGAGUCUCCUGAUAGGUAUUCAACAAGUGAAAAGCAGAUAAGGUCUGAAGAUAUCAAAGGAAACUCUGAAGCUGAACAGAGAAAGGGUCUGAAUGCUACAGACAAUACUCCUAAUUCCUCAAGACAACUUGCCAAACCUGAAAUAAGGAAUUCAGUGAGUAAUAAAAAGCAGAUCAGUUCACUUCCCAAUCAGCGAGGUAAUCAGCUACAAGAGAAACCACCUGGGGCAGAUUGUCAGGUCGCUAGCAAUGGUAUCUCCCAUAGAUCAAACAAGAAUUCUCUGUCUUCUGGACUCAAUACUAAGAAACAAAACUGGUUCCGUUUGAAGCCCAAGAAGUAAUCUCAAACAGGAUCAUCAUUAUAUCCCUUUUUUAUCAUGAAUUUGUAUUUGAAGAUUGUGUCUCAUUUCUAGCUUGUUACUGUGUAAUAUACAUUGCAUAGAAUUGUCUUAUUUCCUUUUCAAGAUUGACAUUCGAAAUUGAAUAUUUUUCAUUGUUAUCAAGAAUUUUAGUUUCCAAUCAUGGCUGUGGAUAUAUUUUUAACUUUUUUGUCCUAACUUGAUUCAUGAAUCAUUGGUGUAUGUACUUAUUGCUCAUAAUCAAAUGUCAUUUUUUUUUUUUUGGGGGGGGGGGUUAAUUUGGGGGACCUUUUAUGUUGGAAUAUGCUGAGGUUGUAUGCCACAUCUACAAAUAAAAUGAUGUUUUUUUCAUUUACUCAGAAUAUGUCUUUUGAACCCUCUGAGUAUUUUGAUUUUUUCUCUUUAAGACAAGCAGUUUCCCCGAAAAGGAUUACAUACUUGUACAUGUUCUUGAUAUCCUGAAUUUAGCCACUUUAUUGCAAAUUUUCAUUUGAUGAAAAUAUAAUUUGUCUUAGGCUCAUAACUAUGAAAUAUAAAAAUAUCUCUGUUCCUUUCAGUUUCGUAAUCUCCUUGUCAUUAAGUAAUUUACCCAGAUAUAAUGUUAAUCUUCCUCAGUAAAAUAUAUUGAGACCACCACUAAAAUAGCCUCAAUUAUAAGUCAUGGGAUUUCGUGAAAGGCAGGGAUCCUUUAACUGAUAUAAUACCAUGUAAAAUUUAAGUCAUUCUCCAGUUGGGGAUAUACAUGUUCAAUUAUUUAAUUAUUCUCUUUUUUUAUAUGUAUUUUUAAAAUAAUAUUUAUUGACGGUUUAACAUCAACACUAAUUGAAAACAUAUCAACAGGUGUUCUUAAUUACCCCAAGUUGAAAAGAGAUGUUUAUGCCUAUUAGAUAUAUGAUUUUAUCAUGUGAAGUCUCUUUGUCUCAUGGUUACCUUUGCCCUUCUCCCCGGACCGUAGCAGAAAGGUUACAUGUAUAUUGGUUAUGUUUCCAGACAAUGGUAACGACCUUGGUAGUAUUGCUCAACAUCCAAUCAAAAUCAAGGAUACUAUAGAAGUAACCAUUGGAUAACAGAGAUACCAUAGUGCAACUUUUGUUUAUCAGUUUUGUGGUCUUACUGCUGUUGAAUUAGGGAAAGGAAAGGGAAGUGAUUUGAUGCCAUGUACAUAUUAAUUAGCUGGACCUUAAAGAUGCAACUGUAUUACAUGGAUUUCCUCUGCUUAUCGCAAUGCUCGGUUCCAGCCAAUUGUAAUGUAAUUUACUCCUGUUGUACAUGCUACAACUGACAAAUUACACUACCUUAAACACAUCCCCUCAGAUCUCUAAAUCACAGAAAUUUACAUGUGUUUCUGCUGUGUAUAAUACAAAUUAUAAAAAAUAUCUUUCUUUUUUAGUAUUCAGAUUACUGAAGACAAUUUAAUUUGGGGGAAAUGAAGACUUGUGUUUACUAUUGAUAAUGACUAGUCAAAUAUCAUUGGCUAACCCAUAAUUCCAUUUUCUAUCCAUACUUUAUUUUGUAAGAUCCUGGGUUGUCAAUGAUUCUAGAACUCAGGAUUACCUGUCUGGAAUAAUGUGAGUCACUUAUUUUCUCCAAGAUUUCUUUGUAAUUGCGUAUGUAUCCUUUUUGUCAAUAGAUUAUUUUAAACUAGUGAAAUUUGUUAUUUUUUUCACAAGUUGCUGAAAUGUCAAUAAAAACACGACCUAUAUCUGUUUUGUUGAGUACAUGAUGCUACAGAUAUUAGCUCGCUUUCCAAGAACAUUCUAGACAAAGUCGUUACCUUCAAACAUAUUUGUUUUCUAAAUAUCUCAUGAAAUCAGUUUAAUCUUUUUAAGAUAAUUCUUGAUGUGGACAUGACUGUAAAACAUGUUAAAUUUAUUAUGAGCUUCGGUAAUAUUUUGUUAAUAGUUUUUUGCUCUCUGAUUUGAAACAAGAUUUCUUCAAGAUUUUCUUAAAUUGAUAGCUUUCUGUUUUCUCCCUGUGUGUUGAACUUCUGAAAUAAAGGUAUUAAUGAAAUAUAAUAAUGAACAGAUGAUAUAAAGAAAGUAAUGAAAUAAUUGAAAAAUGGUUGAAUUUUAACCAAUAAAAUUCAUUUAAAUUGCCAUUCUUAAUUCAAAGAAUCUGUCUUUGAUGGCUCUCCCCUCUCUCCCUCUUUGUAUACCCUGACAAACAAAGUUUGAACUUAGGAAUCGGCAGUCGGGCGUGUGGUCAGUUGCAAAUCAUGCUGGUCAAACCACUUACUCAGUUUUUAGCCAAUUCUCAAAUUUGGAACACACGUUGGCCUUGGGGGUAAAGAUGUAGAAGACAUAUUUUUCACAUGUGUUAAAAUUUCCCAAAGGAAAUUGUGUUGCCAUGGUAAUGGUACAUUUUUGCAAAAAAAUAGGUAAAAUCUUGUGGUUCAAACUACAUCUGUUUUAACUAAUUCUCAUGAAAUUUAGCUCACACAUUGGUCUUGGGUAAAAGAUGGGCAAGACAUUUUUUCCAUGUUUUGGAAACUGUGUUGCCAUUGUAACAGCAUAUUGUCAGGAGAAGGAGAGAUUUGACUCGGGAAGUUGUAUAUAACACUUGUUUGGCACAAUCUAGUAUAAGAAUAUUCAUCGACUUAAGGUCAACUUCUGCAAGUUUACUGUAUAUACAUGUAGUUGUUGAGUCUCUGAAAAGAAUAGGUUUUCAUUAUUUGAUCCUAACAAAUAUUUAAUGAUCAUUGGUAAUUUACAUACGAUGUGUAUGAUUUUUGGUGUAUGAUUAUAAGUAUGUAUAGGAUCACGUUGAUGUCAGAAAAUUGGUACAUGCUAUUUUGUAUGUUAUACAGAGGGCUUAUAUAAUUUCAACAGUUACAUGUAUGUGUUAUAAGAUUUUGUAAAGUGCCUUGUGAUCAUUACCAAAAAGGUUAAAAAAUAAAUCUCUAAUGUUAAUCAUAUUUCAAAGUAUCAGUGAACAAAUUUAUGGCUCUAGAAGAACCCCUACAAAAUAGCAAGGGUAUUGGACCUCUUUUACAAAUUGAUUUGUAUUAGAACUGAUAUUCAAGAAAAAUAAUCUUCAUGCUUCUUUUUUUUCUUUUUUACUGUUGAUGAUUACAGGGGCGUGUUGCAUAUAGGUUAAUUUAGACCCAACUCUGAAUAUAGAAAGAAUCAUUAUUUCAACCUAUUGGUAGCAUGCACCUGAGUCAUGUCUUUAAUAUUUUGUAAUUAUUGCAGAACUGCAAUCCUCCUUUCUUCACACCUCAGAUUAGGGUAUACCAAACAUGAUUUCAGUGAAUUGAGUUACAUUUAUUGUAUCCCCCGAACAGAGUUCGGAGGAUACUAUGGAUUUGGCCGCAUCCGCCGCCGCAGAGAUUUUCUUGUGAGCACUCUAUCAGCUGCAUUUCUUCUCCGAUCAUCUUCAAACUUGGCAUAAAGGUAGAGUAUGGUAUAGCAAAGCCGCCUAUCGAUUUUGGUGUGGGCGGAGACAUCGUUGCCAUGGUAACAAGAGUUUUUCUCUCGCCCACCAGAGGUAAAGGCGAGACUUGGGGAUCCAAAUGUCGUCCGUCCGUCACAAACCUAAUGACACAUAACUCCACAACCGUAAGUCGCUUUUCAACCAAACUUGGAUGGUAGAUGCACUUGGGGACCUGCAUCUUAUGCUGCAGUCGGAGGUCACAUGGUAAGGUCAAAGGUCAUUUUUAGGUCAACGUUAAAGUUUACAUGCAAAACUCUUCUGACACCUAAAUCCGCAACCGUAAGUCACUUUUCAACCAAACUUGGAUGGUAGAUGGACUUGGGGGACCUGCAUCUUAUGCUGCAGUCGGAGGUCACAGGGUAAGUUCAAAGGUCAUUUUCAGGUCAACGUUAAAGUUUACAUGCAAGACUCUUAUGACACCUAACUCCGCAACCGUAAGUCACUUUUCAACCAAACUUGGAUGGUAGAUGGACUUGGGGGACCUGCAUGUUAUGCUGCAGUCGGAGGUCAUAUGGUAAGGUCAAAGGUCUUUUUCAGUUCAACGUUAAAGUUUACAAUUGGUGAUACUGGACAAUACUUUAGGUUCUGCAGAGUCACGCUGCUAUGUCAUAUUAUUGUCAUCAAAUUUGGUACCCACAGGCAAAAUGUGGGCAGGGUCAUUGUCGCCAUGAUGAUUGUAUUUAUUUGUCAAAUUUCUGUGUGAGCUCUAUAUAUCGCAAUGACGGAUGACACGGUGGGUUCGGGGGAUACAUGUGCUCGGCUGUGCGACCCGCCGAGCAUCUCUAGUUUACACUGAAUUAAUUUCUUACAGAGUUGCAACCUGAAGGUGGUAUUAGUUAAUAACCAUGAUUGAUCAUUAGUUUAAUUAAAGAGACUUGAUAAAUGCUGAAUGGCCAAAUACAUAAAUCAAUAUUCUGGUAUGAAUGGAGUUUGUCACUCGAGUGUAGUGAAAGGUUGGGAAUUUGGUUGUAUGUAUUAUGGUGCAAGUGAUAUAGAAUGAUUGUAAAUAUGCUUAAAAUGUGCAUGUAUGAUGAUGAUUUUGAGGUUUGGUAAAUAUGUUAAACACAUAUCUUUUCUUACUUGCUUAUCUUAGAUUGAAGAUAAAUGUAAAUAUCAGUCUUGAAUAAAAAAGGGAAAAGUAUAAUAAAUGCAAUGGAGGUAACCUCAGGAUUUUUUUUUAUUCUGCUUAAAUCAUGUCCAUUUUUCUUUGAAAUAUCACAUAGAAUUAUGAAAAUUAUGAAAUGUAAUCAUUUACUUGGAGUACAAUGGUGUGGUAGGGAAAUAUUAAUUUGAUAAUUUGAUGAGAUUUUAGAAGGUAGUUAUUUAUGUAGACCAUUGCCUUCACUUUGAUAGUGCCUUUUCCUUUAUUUUCAUAAUGAUUCUGCAUUUCUCGUACAUGUAUAUUUUGUUUUGCUUGUGCAUAAAAAGCCUGAAGAUAUUACCGAGAAAAUAAACAUGCAUGAUUUUAUGUUUUGAAUAAAUGGCAUGACUAAUAGAUUAAA